AUGCCAUGGCCCGGUCGCACGCGCAGCGUCUUGCGUCGGUACUCCCCGCUGGUCCCGCCAAUGGCGCUGCUCAUUGCGCUGUUGGUACUGCUCGUGCAGGACCACGCGGAUGCCGAGAACGAUACGGACUCGUUCGACGUACCGGUGAUGCAGUGGACCCCAUGUGCGCUGGACAACAACUCCGUCGCGCUGGCCAACGACCUCUCGGCGCAAUGCGCGACUCUGAUGCUGCCCUUGUGCUACGACAGCGCGUGUCAACACGACCAGGAAAACGCGACCAUUGCCGUGUCGUUCAAGCGCAUUGGCGCGAGCAACAGCAGCGUGAGUCGGCAAACGCUGUGGUACCUGCCGGACCGACCCGAUGUGCAGACGCGGGACGACGUGGACGUGCAGAUGGCGCUGCUGUUCGAAGCUCUGCAUCGAGACGUGGACAUCUACACGCUCGACAUGCGCGGCACGGGGAACAGCACAGCGCUCGCAUGCGAGUCAUCGAUCGACGGGUCGGCUGUGCAGACGGCCGUCUUUGCCCGCAACAACGGAGUGCUGGAGGCGAGCGACGUCCGGACUUGUGUCGAUAGACUGCAGGACUCGGGAUACUCGGACCUCGGUGCGUUUUCGCUCACGAGUGCGUCUCGAGACGUCGAAGAAGUGCUUCGUCGAUUCCAGGCCGAGUCCAAGGCUGUUGUCUAUGCUCUUGGCUAUGGUACCCUCGUGGCCCAGCAGCUCAUGCAUCAUCGAAACGUCUCGCAAGUUGUCGGAUAUGUGCUCGAUGGAGCACUGGGCGGCGGCCUGGACGGCGCUGCUCCCUCGACUGCGCUGCCGACGAUGUCCUACCACAUGUCCAAAAGCGACGAAGACUUUGGUGAGGUUGCGGCAGACUUCUUGGCAUGGUGCGAGCGGGACGGAGAGUGCUCCAUGAGGUUCCCCAACGCGACUUUGACCACGACGUUGCGAGCAAAACUGGGCGAAGCGUACCUUCGACUUGACACUGACACGACUUCCACGUGCGCGACGAUACUCACGGACGUCGAGACAAGUAGUAGACGCAGUAUCAACUCUGCCACAUUUGCUGGUGCAACGCCUCCAUCCUAUGUGCUGCGUCAACUGCUGGGACUGAUGGUACGCCACAAGAGGCUGUGGCCGUUCGUUCCGGUGGUAGUGCAUCGCUUUCACCGUUGCGGCGCCGAAGAUCUGCUCCUCCUCACGCGCUUUGUAUCGUCCACUUUCGCGCUCGACGAUGAUGCGGACACACCGGAGCUGCUGUAUGCCAUCCAAAGUUUCAGUGAGCUGUGGGAAUCGCCUCCGCCGGACCAAGUUGUGCUGACAGAGCGGUUCACGAACCAGUCGAUCAGUUCUGGUAGGACGUAUACGCAGCUGGAGGCGUACUGCUUGUUCACGGGCAGCAAUGCCGACGCGUGCACAACGCCUUCUGCCGGGACGUCGUCGGGUCAAUUGCCGGUGGCUGCUGCAGGUAGUACGCUAUCGUAUGCCGGUGAGCCAAUGCACACCAGCGCACUUGCGCGUCCUUCGGCCAGCGUACUGUUGCUCAGUGGCAGACUGGACGUGGUCUCUCCUCCGAAAUACGCAUCGGCUCUCUUCGACUCGAUCCCGACGGCAAACAAAGCACUGCUCGUUGCCGCGUACAGCCCCCACAAAGUACUUCAACAUGCGCUCGCGUCCAACGGCGACGCGUGCGCCCGUCGAGUGCUGGCGUCGUACGUCUUCGCCAGUGGUAACCUGAGCGCGUACGACGCCUCGUGUAUGGCCACGUUGCCGACGCCGAGUCUCGCCAUCUCCAGGGCCUUGAGCCAGUCGGUACUCGGGGUCGAAGAUGCCUACGAUGGUGUGCUCGUCCAUAGCAGCAAUAGCAAUAGCAGCAAUAGCAGUGAGUACAUUAGUGGCACUGCCGACGUCUCCUUCGACAGCAGCGGAUCGGACACGUCGGCAGCCUCUGGUCCGACGCGGGACGAGCUGCAGCGGCAGAUCUCGACACUGACGCACUCUCGAGCGCGCUACGAACUCGCGCUCAUUGUCGUGGCGAGCGCUCUCGGCGCCGUUGUGGUCGUGUUGGCGGUCGUUGUGAUCUACCGCCGCCGUCAGAAGCAGCAGCACACGCGCGACGAUCUCGCCACGUUGCGGCGCCUGCACGGAGACGGAGACAGCGAAGUGGAGCUCAUGGGCAGUAUAUAUCUGCUCUCGACGAGUCCAACGCAGCAGACGCAGCAGACAAACGAGUACCACGUGCGCUUCGACGACGCAUGA